ACCAACCAUUGAACACAAGGACAGCAAGAUGGCAAAGCGAGCGGCCGGCUUUCUCAUAUUUCGCCGAUUGCGCGAACGUAUCGAGUAUCUUAUGCUGCAGGCCUCCUAUGGUCAACAUCACUGGUCACCGCCGAAAGGUCACGUCGAUCCGGGUGAAGAUGAUUACGCGACAGCCCUGCGUGAAACGACCGAAGAAGCCGGUUAUGCCGAAAGUGACCUCAACAUCUAUCGGAAGCAAUCCUGCACGCUGGAGUACAAAGUGAAGGGACACGAUAAGGUUGUCGUUUACUGGUUGGCGGAACUACGCAAUCCUUCCCAGGAGGCAAAGCUAUCUGACGAGCAUCAGGACAUGAAGUGGCUGGACUGUGAUGGAGCGAUCCAAAUUGCGGGCUACGAAGAUUUCGCAAAGAUGGUACGCCAAUUUGAUGCUAAAAUUAAGGCAAACGAGCUGUGA